UUCUUACGCUGAAUAUCCAAAAAUGGCAAGAGAAAGAAAAUAAGAAAAUAAAAGUUCGCUCAAAGCCCAAUAAAUCUGACGAGGGAGACCAAGUGCGAGUGCUCUUCGAUUCUUCAGAUUCUCGGUUUUCAUCUAUCAGGCCGCUAACUGGAGCCCUCAGAUCCCUCAAACGCCGUUGUUCUCUCAUUUCAAUUGCUGAUCUUUUGUAGGGUUUUGGAGUUCGAUUCUGCAGGAAAUGACGGCGAUGGUGACGGCAAUCGACGUAGACGAUGAUGUGAAGGACGUCAAAAUUAACGCCAACGACCAGCCCAAGCGCCCACACAAAAGAAAACGACUAGCUUUGGCCUGCAAACUGACUUCUGAACAGAAGGAGUCGCAAAUCGAGACGUAUCGGAAGGAGAUCGAGGGGCUUUUUGGGUAUUAUAGAGAAAUGAUGCUGGAGAAAAGGUUGGAAUUGGAGUUGGGUGACGGUGGCUCUCUCAACGCCAUGGUUGCGGUGCUGUUGCAGGAGAGUUGUGACCCCUACACCAGAUUGACGGAGGAGAUAUUUGGGAAGGUAAGGGAGAGGUUGGGGGAUGGGAGUGUCACAGUCGCUAAGGUGAAGACCGCGGUGCUUUAUGUAGGGCAGAGGUUGGCGUACGGAGUGCCCAAAGCUGAUGCCGACAUUCUGGAAGACGAGACAGAGGCGUGCCUCUGGUGUUGGGAGACAAGGGAUGUAAAGUUGAUGCCUACAUCUGUACGUGCUGCACUGAGAAUUCGGCGCAUUUGUCGGAAAAAGAUCUAUGAGAGGAUUAACGCUGUUUCUGGGAUGAUAGAGGCAUUACAGAAAUCAGAGAGUGAUCAAACUUAUGAAAAAUGUUUGACAAAUGCAAUGGAAAAGCUUGUGAAAGUGUUAAGUGAGGCACAGAUUCGUUCGCUGGUGGAUGGCAAGUUGCAAAAGAGUGGCGCAGAAAUCUCUGUGAAGGAAGAAGUAAACCCAGAAGAGAAAUUACUAGUAAAGCGGCUGGAAAAAGAUACCCGAGAAGCUGAGAAGGAGAAAAAGAGGAUGGAGCGUGAACUGAGGAAGGAGGAGUUGCAGAGUGAGAAGAAGCUGAAGCAGUUGCAUAAGGCAGAAAAUUAUGAGAGACAUCAAGGAAAAGAUGAGUCUGAAACAAAAAAACAGCUACGAAAACAGCGGGAGGAUGCUGAAAAAAGUCAAAGACGACAUGAGAAGGAAGAAGCUGAACUAAAACGGAAACUUGCCAUUCAAAAGCAAGCUUCAAUGAUGGAACGCUUUCUAAAAAGAAGCAAAACUACUUCGCCAGGUCGAAAUGACCACCAAACAAGCAAAGCUAAUUUGGUUGCUUCAUUGAGCAAAGACCGUGAAAGUAUUUUCAAGGCAAUGGACCAUGUUCUUUCUUCAAAUAAUGAGAUUAACACUGAUGAUAUCCGCAAGUUACAUGUAUCUUCUUGGCGCUGUUUAGGUCAUUCCAUUCGAUCAAACAAGAAACAACAUUGGGGCAUGCGGCAGAAGCCAAAGACCAAAUUAUAUGAACUGAAGCUAACUACUAAUAGACUAUCUUGUGAUUUUGGCUUGAGCUUGGAGAAGCUUGAAAAUGGAUGGGGAGAGCAGACCCCUGCUGAUGGAUCAUGCCCUACUGAUAUGGCUUGUUCACCUGAUGUUAGAAAGUACAGUAAGAGGAAGCAAUUAUUCCAGUUUGAUAAAAGCUGUAGACCAGCAUUUUAUGGUGUUUGGCCUCACAAAAGUCUUGUUGUUGGAGCACGGCACCCUUUAAGGAAGGACCCAGACAUGGAUUAUGAUGUUGAUAGUGAUGAGGAAUGGGAAGAGGAGGAACCAGGUGAAAGCCUCUCUGAUUGUGAUAAAGAUGACGAAGACAGUUUAGAGGAAGGACUCCCAAAAGCUGAUGAAGAAGAUGAAAGUGAAGAUGGCUUUUUUGUGCCUGAUGGCUAUCUCUCAGAAAAUGAGGGGGUACAAAUUGACAAAAGUGAGACUGAGUCUGCAGUCGAGGAGGCCCUGAGUUUGCCUACUCCUAUGGAAGAUUCAAAGACACUGGAUUUUUGUGCAUUGCUUCAACAGCAGAAGCAUCUAAACAAUUUAACUGAGCAUGCACUUCGGAAAAGUCAGCCCCUUUUUAUAUUAAAUUUGAUGCACGAGAAGGUCCCAUUGUUAGCUGCUGAAGAUCUAUGUGGUACUUCUAAACUCGAGCGGACUUGUUUGCAAGCUUUGACUAUGCGUCCAUUCCCUACUGGCCCACCUGUACAGAUAUCAAUGGACAACAUGCAAGCUGAGGAGCAAGAUGUGUCCCCAUCAAAUGGAAAGGAUGGUGCUGUUCCAGUUUCCACUAUGGAUGUCCUACCAGACUCAGAUAUGCCUACGUUUAUCUCUGCUAUUCAUGCAUGCUCACAGAGUAUCAAUAAAGUUGUAGAAUCCUUACAACAGAACUUCCCUACAGUCUCAAAGACUCAAUUAAGAAAUAAAGUGCGUGAGAUUUCAGAAUUCACUGAGAACCGCUGGCAGGUGAAAAAAGAAAUUGUGGACAAGUUUGGCAAGUCAAUUUCACCAGAGAAGAGUGGAGGGAAAAGAAAAGGUAUUGCUACAUUUUUCUCAAAAAGGUGCAUGCCUCCUGCUGAUAAAGGUAACGAUGUCCAUGGAGCCUCUCCACAACCAUCUCAGAAAGCCGGAUCUGCUGUUCGAGAAGAGGAGAUUUGCACUUACAAUAAUAUGUAACUUCUUUUUUGUUUUCACAGUUGGCUUUUCCCAUACCCUUCGGUGUAAUCUCAAAUCCCCACUUGUAAAAUGGAUUGUCAUACAGAUUGUGAAUUUGGGUUUGGCCAAAAUGUUUUGAUCACCGCAUGAGCUCGGAUGGGAGCUGCCAGCCUGCUAUUGUACAAAUUCAAUAGACUUUCAAAUAUAGAGAGUGUUCCUGUUUUGAGAAAGCUAUCUGAAGGCUUCUUUUGAGUAGGAAUAAUGAAGGGUAUUAA